CCAAUAUCGGUAGUGAAGUUUAAAAUUGUAAUAUAUGGCGCAAAUUUGGACAUAAAUUUCUCUCUGCUUUGGCAGUCUAAUGGUUUUAAAGUGUUAAACAAUCUUAAACAUCUUUGUGUUUAAACUUUUAAACAUGAGUAUUCAUGCAUUUUAAGAAAAACUGUAGAUGUAUUUGAACAGUUUUUCUCUUCUUCUUUUUUAUUUGCGAAUAUAUUUUAUCGGAAUGGUAGUUUGUUAUAUGGUUAAAAUAUUAGAAUUUACAUGGUUUGACACUGAAUUUUAAUUUUAAGAUGAAAUAAAUUAUCAUACUUUAGUAGUUCGUUAUAGGAUUUUGGAUAUAUAAAACAACAUAUUAUAAUUGAAAUAAGAUUCAGGCAAUAUAUUUGAUAAGUUUUACCAAAUCCCUUUGUAAUUUCAUUGACAGUGUUAAUGUAAACAAUUUCCAAAAGCUGCCUUGUAAAUAAAUAAUGAAAAUAUUCAAUACUCAAAUAGAAAGUUUGCCUUUGUACAGGAAAAUAGAUUGGGGUUAAGUCUUGGCAUGUUUAUUGUCAGUGAGGGAUAUUAAUAAUAAAUGAAUUUAUUUGAACUUGUGUUUUCAACAAGAAGUCAAAGAAUUCUAGACAAUAUAAAUGUCAUAGCUGUCUUAGUGGAAUCAGAGCCUUUUCAGGAUUCUUAGGUGAAAGGAUAAAAUAUUAAAUUUCUGGGAUAAACGGAGCUAUAUAACGUGAGAAUUAUAUAAAGGACUUAAACAAUGACUUCCCAGCCAGGGGGCGCUAAAAAAUUUCUGUACACAGGACCGAAGAAAGGAAAUGACGAUGAUGAUGAUGACCUGCCAUGGAACUUUAAUGCAAAGAAACAAAGUAGCACAGGUAACCAGACAGGUUCCAAGUUUGAGCUAGACAAUGUAUGGAGUAUCCAGCGCAAUGUGAAUAUAAAUGGUGGUGUGAAACAGCCCAAGGCAGAGAGCCUUCAUUACAACACAAAUAAAAGCUACUACUCCAGGCAUGGUGGCGGAUCAAAAGAUAAAGAUGAGUUUGGUCCCUCGUUUGGAGGUUCAUCAACAGCAAGGAAUGAUAAUUCUGGAACCCUAGGAAAUUCAGAUACAGGAGGUAAGACAUGGGGUGUAGGAAGCCAGACAUCACGUAGACCAUUUAGCUAUGCCUAUGGCAAUGACCUUCAAAAUCCAUCAGACAAAUCUGUUUCACCAAGGAACACUUCUGUUUCAAGCACUGGAGUUUAUCCACAAACUGGGGGCAGCCAUUUUGGUUCAAAAACAGGAAGUGAAAUGACUUCUGGGAAUUUAAAUGCAUUCAGGGGUGGUAACUUCAACAAACAAGGGAGUGGGAACAUCUUCAGUAGUGAAAGCACAGACAGUUUUGCAUCCACUAAUAAUAACAACAGCUCUGUUUACAAUAAGUCUCUUGUGUCAUCAUCAUCUCCUGGUGCAAGUAAUUCAUAUAACCCCACCCAGAGAAACAGUUUAUUCAGUUCAUCUGCACAGAAGAACCCAUCACAGAAUGGUCUGUUUAAUGUGAAUUCAAGGUCUUCAUUUGAAAGUGGUUCAUCAGGAAGGCAAAAUAAGUCAUUCUGGUAGAGGUUUUUUGGAAAUGUGACUUGUUUAAGUGCUUUCAUUUAACUGCAUUUAGUACUUAUCUAGUGGUUGUAUAAGUUGUAUAAGAUUGCAAUAACCAUCUGAUUGAAAGGAGAGAACAUAAAACAGUGUUCAUGUUGAAGAUUAAGUGAAAUAAAGUGAGCUAUAUACACAUGUAUAUGUUAUAGAUUGGAUCUUAUUUACUUUUUGUCAUGAUUUUGUAGUCAGUAGAUAUAUUUAUAUUGUAGAGCCUGUGAUAAUUUCUGUAAGAUAUUCUGGUAAAUGUUUUCAACUGAUUGUAGCUCGUCUGAACCAAGGGUUUAGAGAGAUUUGUAAGUAUAGCUGGAUGGUCCGUUCACAGUCUUACUUAAAAAUCUUCUAUGAAACUUCUGAAUCUUAGUCUGUAGCAUGCUGGUAUGGACCGCUUUCAAGUUUGUUCAAAAAGUUUCACUUGAAUGCAUUUAAGGGAUCAUCAGAGCUUAAGAUACAAAACAACUUUCACAUGGGCCAAAGUUUUCAGUAUAUUCCAGAAGUUUGGAUUUUCCUGAGUACCUAGAGGUCAUUUUCCCACAUCGUAUUAUUUUGUUGAGAUAUUCAGAGUGGGGUAAGGCCGGUUCUGAAUUUACCUUGUUAUUUUUCCGAGGAGUAAAAUAAAAGUAAGUUGUUUGUUUAUUUAACAUCAAAGAUGGAAGCUGUCCAUUUUUAGUAAAUUUCCUAGCAGGUUCGCUUUCUCUUUACUGAGAUAGCUGAUUAUAAUGUUUGAUUUUGGUCGAACAAACAACCAUGUGAAACUGUUUGGGAUUGACUAUUUGCAGAAUUACUGAAGAACUGCGCAGUUUCAGAGGAACAAGAUAAAUGUUGAUUUUCUUAAUUUGUUAAAAACGAAUAUUCUGAUUGCAUUGCUAGUUAUUGACAGCCAGUGAAAUUGUAGCUUUUAAGACCAGUUUGGCAUGCUUUCAAAGAUUGACAAUAUGUGACCAGCUGUUAUGUUUAGAAACAAAAAUGUUGUGAAAUACAUUGUAUAUGGUGAAAACUCACAGUGUAAAGUGAGAAAUACCAUGAAAUGGCACCAAAAAACAAAUGAUGGUAGAAAAUGAUGUCUGAAGUUGACUGGCUCUGUAGAAAUUGUAUCAGACUUUACUUAAAAGCAUCAUUAAAUUUUGAUGGAUCUUUUUAAAGCUUCUUCAGAUGUUUCUGCUUGACUGCAUUUAAAGACACCACAGCUAAAAAAAGAAUAUCCUUUAGAAAUUAUUCUCAUUAGUUUUCCAAGCAAGGUGAAAAGGUCAAGGUGAGGUGAGCAACAAAGGGUGUUUGUGAGUUGCAUUGGUUGCCUGUAUUAUAUUAGUGAACCAAUAAAUAUUGCAACUGUUAUUUAAUAAAGUACCAAAUGCCUAAGUUAAAGGUAUUUAAGGCAGGUCCCUGUGUCUGUCUUAGAAAAUGUGACUUUGAAAUUUGUUAUAGACUGGAUUUAUUAAUUGUACAGUGAAGUUGAUCUUGCCUUGCUAAUUGCCAAAAUGUUUGCAGAACAUGCACACAUAGAAAAUUUUGUUUGUAACUUUGAUCUUUCUUUAUUUUGCAAUGCAUUAAAUAAAAAAGAAUGAUUUAAGUUGUGCAAUCUGAAGUUAAAGAAAAAAUAUUAUACACACAUUUUUUUAGACAUGAUCCCAAAACUGAAGGGAAAGAAAUAAAUGUUUAAGUAUAAACCUUUUAACUGCAUUUAUUCCCUCCCCUGCAUUAUAUAAAACUUAACUGGGAGAUAUUCUAUGUACUGGUAUACUGUUGUAGUAGUGUAAAUGUUUUGAAUAUGUCAGUUUUGAAGUUUUGCUCUUUCAUUUCUUGUAAUAAUGAUUUUAGAGUACAUUGUGGCUUAAUCUAUGCUUUAGGUUAUUAUAAACACACUGUGAUAAAAGAGUAGCUUUUACUUGGUGUAAGCUUGUACUGGGUAUAAGUUUUAUUGGGUACUGGGACCAGGGAGGCUGGGUAUAAGCUUUUUAGUGUGCAUAAAUUUGUACUGGUUUAAGCUUUAUUGGGUAUAUGCAAGUAUUGAGAGGACAGAUGUAUUUUUUACUAACAGAAACAAAUUUUAUGCUGAAAGAUAUUUUUUUUCAAAGAAAAUAUUUUUUUGAAAAUAUGUGUAUCUACUUCAACAGAAAACAUUAGGGUUAGUGCAGUCAUCCUCAAGUCUGUCUAGGUUAUAAGUUGAAAACCAUAUUUUGGGGUCAGCAUUGUUUCUUUGGAAAACAUCCAAGAAUUUAGACUUUAAUUAAAGAGCUUUGAUAAACUAUUAUAGUAGGUAGCUGUUUUUGUCAUUUUCAGCUGGGGGAUUGGGGAAAGGGAGCAGGGUUUAAUAGGACAGUAAACAUGUUUUGAGAGAGAUUUUACCUCUGACAUGCUGGUAAAACACCUUUAUUUACUACGUAGAAUUUUGCACAUUGUUUUUGCUAGAAGAGUAUAUAAUCACAUAUUUAGUUCAUAUACAGCAUUUGUGAAAUCCCUUUGGAUACAUUUGUGCCCUCGGCAUAUCAGCCUGGGGUACUAACCUAUCCCUAGGAGUUGCAAAAGUUGUGCUAUAAAAAAAGUUGAUUUAUAAAAGCUUUUGUGAAGGGAGACAAUUUUAAGGUUUAACGGUCACCUUGAUGAAAAAUACAUUUAUGUACUGUGCAUAUUUCAUAAUAUUUCCUGUUAUAAGUGCAAUUGUAUGACUGUUUCAUUGUGAUAAAAGAUUAUUGUUAGGAAUCAGGCUUUCAUAGGUCAGUCCCAAAUUGUAUCUGAAUAAACCAAAGUUUUUGAUAAAUUGAGUUUUAAACAUGAUUAUUUUAUCAUGUGAAAGUAGGGCACAUUCAAAAGGUUGCUUGUGUUUAUUUUAUUUUAUUUUUUUAAUAAAAGUUUAAUGCUUAUGGGAUAUAUGAAAAGUACCUUAUUUCUGAUUAUCUGACUUGAACUUUGGUCAUAAUGGCACAUAAGCUAUGGACAUACCUAAUAUUUAAUGCCAUCAUUCUCACCUCAUUUCUAGUACAUUCUCAUGAUCUUAUAUCUUCAAGAAGUUGUUUUUUUUUUCAGCAAAUAUUUCUAAAAUGAUUUUAACAUUACACCAGUGACAAACUAUUGCUUUAGAUCAGCUUAACGUGAUAACCACUGAUCUCUAUUUAGUAGCGAUGUGGAAUUUUUGUUUGAAAGUUUGAAUUAGGAAUGUUAGUCGUAGCUGGGGUCCGACAGUUGCAAAGUAACCAGCAACUUUUCAUAGUUUUAUACUCUAAAGGAAUAAGUGUUAAAAUGUAUUGUUUUGAAGUUAUUUUUCCAUGCAUUAUUCCAUUCAUCGUUUACUAUAACCAUAAAAUCCUGUUUAGUUACAGUGUAUGACAUCCUGUUUUGUUUGUAUCAAAGAAAACUUAAAAGUUUUGCAGUUGGGAUCCUUUAUUGUCAAACAAAAAAGACCAUACUUUGCCCUUUCCAGGAUGUAAUUUCCAGGACACCUACAGCACUCCAGUCACAUAGUUAUGUUUUUCCUUAAUUGCACAUCUGUGAUCUAUUUAAUCUUUUGUCGAGAUUUAUAUAUACACGUAUACAGUUACUGCAUUUAUUGACUGUGUAAUAUUUAUUUGUUUUAUGACCUCCUUCAAAGAAGAGGGUUACAUUGCUCAUGCUGGUCAGUUGGUUGGUACAUUAGUUUGUCCAUCUGUGUUCAAGAUAAAUUGAUAAAACACACUUGGGCCUACAGCUGUAUAGGUUUGAAAGAGGAUUACCUGUGCUCAGUAGAUGACCCCUGGUGUUUUUUGGGUCAGUAGGUCGAAGGUCAAGGCAAAUGAUCAUUUUUCUAUCAAUAACAGUAGAAUGGCUUACAAUUUUCAAAUUCAGUGGGUGAUAAGUUAUUGUCAGUAGAUGACCUGUUGUUUUGUUGUCAUUUGGUCAAACACCAUCUUCUUGUCAUACUAGAGAUUGAAAAUUGCACACCCAGUGAUCUCUGUAAGGCUGGUAUAUGGGGCAUAUGUGUUUUACAUACAGCUGUUGUUAUUGUUGUCAAAUGUUAUUGUAAAAUGUCACUUGUCAUAGACUUAAUAAUGACACAUUAUUUUAUUUCAUACUUGUUAAAAAUGCAUUUAUAGACACAGAGAUGAUAAAAAUAAAAUUUCAUCUUUCAAUAUUGGAAA